UGAAAUCCACAUCACAUAUUUGCAUCAUGUCAUCUGAACCAUGGAUCCUCCAUACAAAAUUCAUGUAUGUAACAAUAAUAAUAUUAUUACAAAUAUCUUUCACCGGAGUAUAUUCCGUUACCGUCUCCGACGAAAUCGUGCAACUUCCCGGCCAACCGCCGGUCAGUUUCAAGCAGUUUGCCGGAUACAUAACCGUCGAUAAAGCUAAACAGAGAUCUCUGUUCUACUACUUCGUUGAAGCUCAAUCUAACUCUUCUUCUAAACCGCUCGUAUUGUGGUUGAACGGAGGUCCUGGUUGUUCGUCGGUUGGGGAAGGGGCGUUUGUGGAGCAUGGACCGUUUAAACCGAGUGGUAGGGUUUUGGUGGAGAACGAUUAUAGCUGGAAUAAAGAAGCAAAUAUGUUGUACUUGGAAUCACCAGCAGGAGUGGGAUUCUCUUAUUCUGUUGACCAGUCUUUUUAUGCAUCUGCAAGUGACGUCGUUACAGCUGGCGACAAUCUUUCCUUUCUUGAGAAAUGGUUUGAGAAAUAUCCAGAGUACAAGAAUACGGAAUUUUAUAUCACAGGCGAAAGUUAUGCAGGACACUAUGUUCCUCAACUCGCGAAUCUCAUAGUUCACUCUAAAGCCAAGAUCAAUCUCAAGGGAAUUGCAAUAGGUAACCCACUUUUGGACUUCAAUACGGAUUUUAACUCAAGGGGGGAGUAUCUAUGGUCUCAUGGUUUAAUAUCAGAUGCUACUUAUGAUAUGUUUAACACAAUGUGCAAUUAUUCAAGUAUAAGAAGGCAAGCCCAAUCUAGGUCUAUGACCCCUACAUGCUCUCGGGUUGCAACUCAAGCUUCAAAAGAGAUUGGUAGAUUCGUCAACGCUUAUGAUGUCACACUUGACGUUUGUUUAUCAAAUGUUUUCUCGCAAUCACUAGUUCUUGAUCACAUUCAAGAUGAGGAGACAAAGAUAGAUGUCUGUGUGGAAGAUGAAAUGAUUGUGUAUUUGAACCGAAAAGACGUUCAAACCGCUCUUCAUGCUCGACUUGUGGGUGUAAAAAAUUGGACCCCGUGUAGCGAGGUUUUAAGCUAUGACAUGGACAAUCUGGAGGUACCCAUGACCCCGGUCUUGAUCUCCCUUAUAAAGUCAGGAAUUAGGGUUCUUGUUUACAGUGGCGAUCAGGAUUCUGUGCUCCCGCUAACCGGGACACGAGUGGUGGUCAAUGGCUUGGCUAAGCAAUUAGGUUUGAACACAACUCUACCAUACAGAGCAUGGUUCAAUGGCAACCAGGUUGGUGGAUGGACACAAGUGUAUGGUGAUGUUUUAUCUUAUGCAACAAUUAGAGGGGCAUCACAUGAAGCCCCAUUCUCACAACCCGAGCGAUCAAUUGCGCUUUUCAGAGGUUUUUUGGCUGGAAAACCAUUGCCAUCGGCGGAUGAAAUUGCUCAAAAACCCAAAGCCGAGAUCCCUCAUUUGUAGGCUAAUGAAAAAUCUGGUUUCACACGUCUUGAGUUGCAAUAAAAGUUCAAUUUGCGGGCAGUGUAAAAUACUCGGGUUGUUCUUUUUGUACUGAGUAAUUAAUUAAUCUAGUCUGAUCCAAAUUCAAGAAAAGCGAUCUGCAUGCAGUAACCUUAGUUUACUCUCUUCUUCAUGCAUUUUUUAUUUGUAAACCAUGCAUACAUGAGUAUACUUUUAUGGGUUUAAACCAGCCGGGCCGAUCCCGUCUAAGCUGGUGUUUUGA